GAGGUUAUGAAAGAACGCCUAAAAGUUGGUCCAAAUUGUAACGUAAUUCCGAGCAAUGGGAAUCGGCCGUCGUCAUGGCGCGCCGAUAAUCAAUUAAAUUGAAUGGCAACUCUCUUCGUCUGAGGCGGGGUGCAAGUGCGGUCGGCGCCGCCCCUCUCCACAAGGCCGCGUUUUGUUUGCAAACUUUCCGGCGCCGCGCCGCCUCACGCAGCUCGCUGAUGACGCCGUGAUGGGGUUGCUUUAUUUUGUUUACAUGUAAACAGUGACAGCCAAGUCAGACACCAUGAAUCCCACCAGCUUGUUCGUGUCGACGAGCCGCGUGGUGCUGCAAGCUCAAAACGAGGACGACUCGGACUCGACGGACUUGUCGACGUCGUCCUGGGCGGACCUGCACCGCCUGGUGCCUUACUUGCGGCAGUCCUUGUCGUGCACCGUGUGUGCUAACCUGCUGGUGGAGCCGUACACCCCGUCGGACUCGUUGUCGGAGGCCGGGACGGCCGGGAGCUGCCAACACCAUGUCUGCAGGGCGUGCCGAGGCGGCCGCAAGAAGCUCAAGCCGUCUUGUUCGUGGUGCAAGGAUUACGACGCCUACAUCGAGAACGUCCUGCUGCGCAUUCUGCUGCAGUGCUACAAGAAGUUGUGCACUUACAUCACCAGCACUGCGCUCUACCGCAGCCUCGUGGCUGGAGGCUCUAGCCUGGUUGAACUUAUCAAUGAAGGGGCGGAGUUUAAAGACGACUACAAGAGUUCGCCAGGACUGUCACGUUCUGCGUACAGUAUUUUACCUUGCGUUUACUCAAAUGCGCCACCCACAGCUCCUUCUGCAUCGCCUCCCAAUACGUCACCAGACUCACCUGCCAUAGAAAGUUCACAAGAAAAUGAACAACCAACUCCGGAACCCCCAGCAGUGUCGAAUGGAUCUUCACUUUAUUCCGUAUUUAAUAUUGGGAGCAAAAUGACUUUCAAGAGGAAAACUGUUUCAGCAGAUAACAAUGCCUUAAAUUUGGACUCUUCUGUCAAACAUGAUCCUGUUCAGCCUAAACCAAGAAAAUCCUUGUCUCUGUCAGGGUUCAAGAAGCCAGCCAAAGGGCUGAAAAGCAUUAGAACCGUUAACCACACAACAAUAAAGUCUGCCCUUGCUGCUUCUAAAGAUCUGGGAGGAGUAGCUAUUGCAAAUGUCAGUUCUUUAAAUUUGAAGCGCAAGGGUUGCCGUUGUGGUAAUGCAACUGCUACCCCAGGAAAGCUCACAUGUUGUGGACAACGGUGCCCUUGUUAUGUUGACAGCAAAGCCUGCUUAGAUUGCCGUUGUAAAGGUUGUCGCAAUCCUCAUCGACCAGGGGGCCACAAAGUUCGACCUCAUAUACCUGAGCUUGAGACCUACCAACUACAUCUUGGUCCAGAUGGGGAUGUUCAGACUCUUGACUCAAACACUCAAGUUUUGUCACUAGCAUCGCCAAGUGAACUUGCUGCUAGUAAUGCUGGGGCCACAGUUCAGGUUCUUGGUGUUUAUACUACACAACUCCAUCCAGUGACAACUGUCUCAACCUCCUUACCUUCGGCAAUAUUAGUUGAUGAUGAGUCAGCAGCUGUUAUGGAAGAUUCCUCAGACUUAGAAACAAGUGAUGUUGAGGUUGAUUGUUAAUUGAUAAAAAGGGGAUAUGGGUCCAUUUCUUGUGCGUUCAUUGAUUGGCUUCCUUCUGAUUGUUGCUUUAUGGAAAUAAGUGGAAAGGCUUCAAUUUACAUUUGUACCCUGCUUUACUCUUUACAUUUCAAUUUAAACAUGUAUGGAAUAUGUUCAUCUUGCCUUGUAAAUGUCUCAAAGCUACAAUAUUAGCUAGCAACUGUGUUGGCUUCCAUCACAAUGAAAGACUGUGUUAGUUUGUUUAAGGAAGAGUUGAUUGUGAGAAAUGACCAUUUGUGUAGUUAGCAAUUUAAGAUGUGGGAAAAAUGCAUUUUAUUUACUUUCUAUGUAUAUAUUGUGUGUAGAGUGUUAAUAUAUUAGUGAUUAUUGAACAAUGAACUGAAUGUUAACUGUUAACUGUUUUAUUGUAAUAGUUACCUUAUAAGCACAAUCAAGUCAGAUGCCUUUUGCAAGCCUAUAUUGCUAAGGUUAUUCUUGUCAGAAAUAUUUUUUAUUAUUCUGAGUGAUAAGAUGACGCAUCAGUGUCUUUUGAGACAUGUCCUUUGGUUAUAUAUAAUAUGAUCUGAAGUAUACCUCCACUGUUACUCAGUUUUGAUGAAAUCACUGUUCAGAAGGCAUUAACUCUUCCUCCUUUUCCCCUCAAAUCUCGUGUUCCUACUUUGUCAAAUUCUUGUAACUCAAUGUUUUGUCUGUCACCUUAAAAGUCUGUAUGAUAGUGUGUUGCCCACUCUGUUUCUUCCUCUUUUGUAACUUGCUGGAUCAAUGGUAUUUUAUCUUAGUAUAGAUCAUUUUGGACUAUAUUCUUCAUUGAGGUGUUAUGUAAACAAUACAUAUGUGAAAUCUCGUACUUCUCUUUAUGUAGUGUCUUCAUUCCAGGAUUUGUACCUGUUUGAAAUGAGUGUUUGACGUAAUGUGUUUUUGAAAUUAUGAAUAGAUAAUUUGAAAACUCUGGUUUUCAAAAGAAUUCUUGUCUCUUACUUGCUUUAUUUGUUUUGUUAAAUGUAUUAGGUGAGGUACAAUAGGAAGAACGACUUCCACAUGUCGUGAGACUAGCUGCCCUUUUAGGAAAUUUUAUGGGAAUGUUACUGGUAUUGCAGUCAUACAUUACUGACCUAGUAGUGUUGAGUUGGUUUCUUAUCAAUCUAUGGCCUCAAGUGGCUGCUUUUUGUUUGACUGCUAAAGAUUCAGGUAAUUUUUUAAAGUUAUGAUGUACAAUAUUAACACCUCUGUGGGGCUUGCUAUGGGAGCAUUCCUUGUGAUUUUUAAGCAUAAAUUAGAAUUGUACAUGCUUAGGUGAUUUUGCUUGUCAUGUCCAAUGACCUUCGAUGAAAAACUUCAAUUCUAGUACUGCUUGUCUGUGUUGCAUUCAGCAUUAAUUCACAGCCAUAUCAUGUGUCUAUAUUUCCACAGAACUGAAUUCCUAAUUUUAUGUUAUAGAAUAGUUAGUCCUUAAUUUCUUUUGUUUGACUGGAAGUUCCUUGUUUUAGGUCUUGUGAACUAUUGAUUUCUUCAGUGUGCAAUAAUUCUCUCUCUAGCAGUCUGUCUUAUUAUCUUUAAUUGUGAUGGUUCACUUUAUUUUUCCCAUUUGGUUCCAGUAUGUGAAUGUUAUUUAGAGGUGCACAUUGGUGUCUUUUGCAUUCGGCAUCAAUAUUUUGUCAAAUUAAAUUGUUAUGUCAGGAGCAAUUGAAAUGUGUAAGUUCCUAAUCCCUCCUUGUUAAUGUCUUUUUUUUUUUUUGGUAUAAAAAAAAUGCUUUGUAAUUUAUGGUUUGUUUUCCUGUUAUAAAAAAAAUUGUUUGCUUUGGUUGGAUCAAAAAAUAUUAACUUAUAUGAAGUGUCUGUGAUAUUUGCAUGUAGGAGUUUGCACGUGCAUAUGCACCUGUGGAUAGGACUGCUUAUGAAGUAGUAAAUCUUCAAUGAUGUUUAGUUCCCUGUUGAUAACUUAAUAGAUCCAUUUGA